GAACUCAACGAUGGAGGAGCAGCGAUCGUAGAAUAAAUCGAUGGGGACCGACCGUCCUUCGCACGGUAAAACUAUGUCACGUGAUACUGUGUUUGUUUCGCGCUUUCCGUCGCGUCUCUUUUUUUAAGUCGACGUGGUGCGCUCUUGAUGCAAGGGCGGCACGUCAUUGGAGCUUCCUGUAGUACGGGUACCUGUUACCUCCUGCGAUUGUUGAUUUCAACUCUCCGACAAUAAUUGCCCAAUGCCUGUUUGACAGGGAUAUUGCCCACGGACUACAGAAGGCGACCCGACCGGCGACAAAAUGCCCGAAGUGAUCUCUCUCCUCUCCAGCUCCGAGGCGGGCUCCCCUCCACGGCCGAAAGCGAGACAACCAUCACCAUCGCGGGGGAGAGUUACCAAAACCACAGCAUUCAGUUCUGACGAUCUUUUUGCGCCCUUACCCCCCGCUCGUCAAACAACCAACACGAAUAUCUCGAGGACAAACAGCCGGCCAACCGCCCGACCUGCCACUGACGAUGUGUUGCUCAUCUCGGAUGACGAAGUCACCCCUUUUGAGGAUGUCCACGAACAAGAAGGGAGAUUUAAUAAUGGACCUGCUUCAAAAAGACGUCGCUUAGAUGGUCCCGAUACGCACAUUAGCGAUAUAGGUAGCCCGCCAAACCCCGCCGCAACAAGGGCACCGCUUCAAGUAUCCAGGCCAAGGCGCCCAGGCCCGAGUGAUCUUCCCAGCCUCAAUGGCAAACGACCGGUUCCACGACGAGAUUGGCUUGACGAUGAUCCGUUUGCAAGUUCUUCCCCUCAGGUAGCAGAACAGCCACCCCCGAGGGUUGGCAACCAUGCCCCUACGCUGCCGUCAAGCUACUUGGGCGAUAAUCCCACUGUUAGCUCUCCCGCCCAGCAAAGAGGACCUCAGCCCACAAAGGCCAGCGACCGGCUACUCAGCAUUGACGACAUUGAUCCUUUUGCUUCCAGCUCACCAGCACGUAUCUCCGGUCCAGCAAAGUCGGCCCAAUCCGAGGCAGCGUGGGAUCCAAUUUCGAGCUCUGCUCCUCUUCGGGUGGCGGCUGACAAUGAGCGUUGGAGUACUUCACGUGGUUUCCGGAGGACUCAAUCAGAAGUAAUCACGCUGGAUGAUUCUGAAAACGAGUUCGCAGCCCAGUCACUCUCUGACGAUGACUUGCCAGACAUCACGGACUUGGCGGCUUUAAAGCGAAAGGUUGCCACACCGUACAAUCCACCUCCAGCAUCUAAUACCACUAAACCAUCACGGAAAUCAAAGUCGGCGGGACCAAGGAUAGAUCCCGUGCAAACGAAGAAGAGUUCCCUGGAGAAAGCGAAGGAAAAGGAAGAGAAGGUCGCCGCCCGGGAGGCGGAGAAGGAACGCAAGAGGUUAGAAAAAGAGCGUGCCAGGGAAGAGAGAGUCCAAGAAAAAGUGAGGGCUGCUGCCCUGGCCGAGGUGAACAAGAUUCGGACAGACAAAAAGGUGGCUGCUCCAGAAAUGAUCGUCGACCUUCCUACGACUCUCGACGAGUCCGUCAAACUACAGGCAGCGACCCUUCUCCGCGACCUCGACGUCCACUCCGCCCCCUGGUCUAGCCCCGUCGAGAACGUGGUAAAAUGGCGCCGCAAAGUCAGCUCCCGGUACAACGACGAGCUAGGCCACUGGGAGCCUGUCCCCGAGCGAAUUGACCGCGAAAAAUACGCCAUGGUGGUUGUUCCGGCAGCGCAGUUCGUCGGCCUCGUCCUCGGUGAGGAGGAUGCCAGCCUCGAAUCCCAUGUCCUACGCAUGAAGCGCCACUUUCCCAACGAUACCAUCAUCUACCUGGUCGAAGGUCUGUCCCUCUGGCUCCGCAAGAACCGCAACGCCCGCAACAGUCAGUACGUUUCGGCCGUGCGCAACGGCCUCGAGCCACCUCCAGAGCCCUCCAACACUCAACAGCAGCGGAAACGCAAAAAUGCCAAUCCGCAAACCUACAUCGAUGAAGAGGUCGUCGAGACCGCCCUCCUCCAGCUGCAAGUCCUCCACAGCGUGCUUAUCCACCACACCAUAGUCCCCCUCGAGACAGCCCGCUGGAUCGCCGUCUUCACGCAGCACAUCAGCACGGUGCCCUACCGCCGACAGCGUGACGAGGCCAACGACGCCGGGUUCUGCAUGGAGACCGGCCAGGUCAGGACGGGCGACGGGCCGCGCGACACGUACGUGCGGAUGCUGCAGGAGAUUUCGCGGGUCACCGCGCCCAUCGCGUACGGCAUCGCGGCCGAGUUCGGGGCCGUGCCUAAGCUGGUGAAGGGUUUGGAGGAGGGAGGCCCGCUGAGGUUGGAGAAGGUGCGCAAGAGCGUCAACAAAGAGGGGGAGGUGAGCGAGAGGACCGUGGGGCAGGCUGUUAGCAGGAGGGUGUGUAAGAUUUUCUUGGGGCGGGAUGAGACCAGCACGGAUAUAUAGAGUGCGAAAUCGGUCAGGGGCAGGUGCAUAUGGAUAGACGGUUCGCAUACUCUGUAACUUCUAGAGCUCCAGAUAAUUCUAACCCCACGUACCUAAGGUUGAAACUCCUAGACUAGUGAGCCUCCAUUGUUGCUCUCCCACUUCUUAGCGACCAUUAAUAG